GUUAACGACUCCGUACAUUUAUGAACAUGACAGCCCGUGAACCUGAAUGUUUGAGAGGUUGGCAGAACACAGCGACAAAUGUAUUGGGCGAUAAAAGAAAUUCUAUGUGUAAAAACAUUUUGCAUCAACGAUCAAUUUUAGGUCGUUGUAAUACGUUCUGCUUAAAUACACCUCCUUUAUCAUUCACUUAUGGUAUGAAGAAUCUGAAGACGACAGGAGUUGCUGAUGCUCUUCACUGGUCUGAUGACACCAAUAUUCAUGGGAAAUCAAACGACCAUAUGUAUUUAACACGCGAUUUCAUUGCUCUGAACUGUGAAAGCGUGAGACAAGGAGUUACGACAAGCAAAGAGAUGACGCACUUCAGAGCUCUGAAUGACAGGCUUCGACAAAAGCAAGCCAAACACAAGUCCAGAGGGGAUUCACCAAAGGCGUAUUUAAAUAUUACCCAUGGAGUGGCAAAUAAAGCGUCGACACCAAUUGAAGAGAUCAUUUCACACAAAUACCAAAGAGAUUGGAUAGAUGCACAGAUGAAAAAAGCUGAGAGUAGAAGGAAAAAGUCAAAUGAAACUAAGAUUAUGUCGAAAAAUAUUUAUCAAUCAAAUACAGAAGCAGCACUUCGAAGAAAUUGUAUGAAAAAAGAGAAAGAAGAAAGUUUUUGGAAGUUGAAAGAAUUUGAACGAAAGGCUGUUGGAAAGUUGGACACAUUUAGAAGUGAAGAUUGUCGAAAACAAUCACUGGAAAUGCACAAAAGCAGCAGAAUUUCACGUGCUGGACUAUUUGGUCACGGGAUACAACGUACUGGAGAAUGUGCUUAAAAUACUAUACACACAUAUACACUCUCUCUCUCUCGUAUAACACAAGAUCACUUAAAUUAGGCAACCGAAAUAUCAUUCACACUGUCGGAAAACUGAGAAUCAUUCAACUUAAAGAAAUAUGUGUUUUUUUUUAAAUAUAAUCCCUACUAUGCAG